UGGCUGUCGGUGGACAAAAUUCAUCUGGUGGGGCCGGCGCCUCCCCCCGGGAGCCACCCGGCCGCAGGCAGGCGUAUGCUGGGGACCGCCAUGCUGCCGCUCGGAAGAACGGCGUGACGUCAAAAAGCACAGCGGGAGACACGCCUGCUACUGGGACUGACCCACGCGCAUCCGACAGCGUGACCGCCGCUGCCCCGUGGCCUUCUGGCACCGCGACACAGACAGCGUGCAUGGACAGGAGCCGAUCAAUCUGUGCGGCGCAUGGAGAGCGCUGGGAGCACGGAGCGACAACGAGCCACCAUUGAUAUAAGCUAACACAGAAUAAUCACAAAAAAUGCUCUUCCUUCUGAGAAAAAAACGUAAACCUAUACAUUUCUGCCUAAUUCAUGGGUUAAAAAGGCAAAACAGAAAAAUAGCAACAGACAAGUCUGUUCCCAGUCCCAGUUUGACUUGUUUGAAGGCACGAGAUCUGCAGGGUUUUGUAAGCGAGGGAGGAGGUUGGCUUCUAGGAACCACAUUGGACAGCCGAGUGGUGGGCAGCUGUGGGAGGGGCUUCGUGGGGCAAUGAGGGGAUUUAGAAAGGGGCCGUCAGUGUCCCGUGGAUUACAAUAAUCCAGAUCCCCCCAUCGCCGUGAGCUGUGGCACCGUUUGGGCUCCAGCGCCAGAGAAGAUGGAGGUCAGCGCUCGGCACAUCCUGUUGUCCCUUCUGCUCCUGGCUGAAGCCCUGACUGGUGCUCUCACACAAGGGGAAGAGGAGGAAGCUCGCGGAAUGUGGCAAAGCAAAGCCUGCAAUUGUGACUGCCCGGGGACGCCCCCCAUGGCCUUCCCCACUGACACCGAGCUGGCCCCUCCCCCACCCAGAAGCAGCUUAAUGGACUGCAUGCCAGAGUGCCCGUACCACAAGCCGCUGGGCUUUGAGGCGGGCUCCGUGGCUGCCGACCAGAUCAGCUGUGCCAACGAGGAGCAGUAUACCGGGUGGUUCUCCUCCUGGGUGCCAAGCAAAGCACGGCUAAACAACCAGGGCUUUGGGUGUGCCUGGCUCUCUAAGUACCAAGACAGUAGCCAGUGGCUGCAGAUCGACCUGAAGGAGGUGCAUGUGGUGUCUGGGAUUCUGACCCAGGGCCGCUGCGAUGCCGAUGAGUGGAUGACCAAGUACAGCAUUCAGUAUCGCUCUAACGAGACACUCAACUGGAUCUACUACAAGGACCAAACUGGCAACAACAGGGUGUUCUAUGGGAACUCGGACCGGUCCUCGUCCGUGCAGAACCUGAUGCGGCCGCCUAUCGUGGCACGUUAUAUCCGGGUGCUGCCGCUGGGCUGGCACACACGCAUCGCUGUGCGCAUGGAGCUGCUGCUCUGCAUGCACAAGUGCACCUGAAGCCCCGCCCCCCAGCAUUUCACCACUCCCAUCAUCCUCACCUGAAGCCCCGCCCCCAGCAUUUCACCACUCCCAUCAUCCUCACCUGAAGCCCCGCCCCCAGCAUUUCACCACUCCCAUCAUCCUUACCUGAAGCCCCGCCCCCAGCAUUUCACCACU